AAAAUGUCCGGUGGAUUGCAGCUUUAAAAGAUGGCCACUGCCGGGCUGGCUGAUGGGAAGCAAGCCCUGCCGGCCGCGCAUGCCGCCCAUAGCGCAAAUUCACCUGGCGCCCCACAUUUAGGUCAUUCCCCACAAUAAAAGACCAGACACACACAACAGCUUCCGGGGCGGAAAUAUUAAAUUCCUGGCAACCCUGCGAUUUUUGGCUCCGCACAACUGAAUCUACGGAAAUUUCGCAAACCGCUAACCACCUUCUGCACACGAUCCGGCGACCGAUUUUCCACGCGUCACUCAUCAAUCAGUCGCAAAAAUGGAUUCCUCCAAGGCUCCCGUCAAGCUCGUCAAGGUCACCCGCGUUUUGGGCAGAACCGGCUCCCGUGGUGGUGUCACCCAGGUUCGCGUUGAGUUCAUGGACGAUACCACUCGUUCCAUCAUCCGCAACGUCAAGGGUCCUGUCCGCGAGGAUGAUAUCCUUGUCCUUCUCGAGUCCGAGCGCGAGGCCCGCCGCCUCAGAUAA